UUCCCUCUCACAGGCUGCUAGCCACACCUCUAACCUCAUUGGCCACCACCAUUGAUCCUCUCUCCCUCAACUCGUCGUCGACGACCCUUCCCUCUUCUUCUUCCUUGUCCUUCCUGACCAAUGACCACCAGCUGAAACUCAACCAGCCCACCAGAAAACCCACAACAACGUCAUCAACCCUUUUCUCUCUUUCCUUGAUGAAAUCCCUCUCCUCACACCCAAGCAAAACCAUCACCAAGCGCCACCAUCUCUUCGUCUCUGUCCACACCAACACCAGGCAAAAACUGUUACCAAUCAACUAUUCUCUCAAACAUCAUUUCUUCUGAACUGAUACUAUCUUUUAUAGUUUCUCUAAUUUGUCGCAGGCCAAACAAUGCAGGAUUGAGAGGAUAAAAUGCAAGAGUGCAGGGACUAAGAGAAGUUGGGUCAGUUUAGCCAAUUAAAAAAGAAAAAAAAGAAAAAAAUAAAACCACAGUCAUGCCAUUAGUAAAGUUAAACGACGUGUAGUUUUUCCACGUAAGUGCAAGGCGUAUUCUGCCAGCAGAAGCAACAAACAAGACCCAUCAAAACUUCCACCAAGUCAAAUCACACCCACCUCCCACUCCAUCUCCAAGCCCACAGCACCACCAACAACAAUUCUUCGCAAUCCAAAAAAUCGAAAUUGUUAAAAACGUUGCAGUUUCGGCACAAUCAAUCUCAAAUCCGCAGCUCUGCCUAAAUGGCAACUUCAUUGCGCUUGUAUUUAACAUGUAUACGGAAUACUUUAGAGGCAUCCUUGUGCCUGCAGAACUUCCCUUGUCAAGAAGUUGAAAGGCAUAACAAACCAGAGGUCGAAAUGAAGACGAGCCCGGAACUUUUGCUAAAUUCUAUUUUGAUAUGUAGAAAUGAGGCUGAAAAGUGCUUAAUAGAAACAUCUAUUAAUUCGUUGCGUAUUAGCCUCAAGGUAAAGCAGGCAGAUGAGCUUGAAAACAUACUAACUAAAAAAUUUCUUAGAUUUUUAUCAAUGAGGGCAGAGGCAUUUCAAGUGUUGAGACGAAAGCCUGUACAGGGUUAUGACAUUAGCUUUCUAAUCACAAACUUCCACUGUGAGGAGAUGCAGAAACGCAAACUCAUCGAUUUUAUUGUGCAAUUCAUGGAAGACAUUGAGAAGGAGAUAAGUGAAUUGAAAAUGUCUGUGAACACACGAGGGAGGCUGGUUGCUACAGAGUUUCUGAAGCAAUUUAUUUAAUUAUGAUGCCAGUGCUAUUUAUCCAAACAUUGAAUGCCCGAGACACAGCCUGAGACUGUUUUUGGGUUAGUGGUAUUUAGCAUGCCUGCUUGCUUCAGUCAUUCGUUUUAAUGUCUUGUAAAAUUGUCGUUGUGUGAGAUGUAAUUUUCCAUCCUCAACUUGAGUCAUAUUGAUAAACCAUCUUCCCCCCUAGUUUGAAAGACAGGCCAAUCAAUCAAAGAUCGAAAGUCACAAUUCAUGUGU